AUGGAACCAAAGAAACUACCUCAAUUUAUAGCUGCGAUAGCAGCAUCUGGUGGAGCAUUUUGUGCUGGAAUGAGUCUCGCCUGGACAUCACCUGUUGGUCCACGAUUACUUGAAGAUGUUCAAUACUUCCCAAUCACAGCUGAUCAGUGGAGUUGGAUAGCAUCAAUCUACAAUGUUGGAUGUGCUUUAUCAUCGUUAAUCAUUGGUUAUUGGAUGGAUCAAUUUGGAAGGAAAUGGACUAUGAUUCAUUUGAUUGUUCCAUUUUUAAUUGGAUGGUCGUUGCUGAUUUGGGGACAGAACUUUGCAAUGUUAUUUAUGGGUCGAUUAAUUGUUGGAAUUGCUUCUGGUGCUUUUUACAUCUCUGUUCCUCAAUACACAACAGAAAUAUCAGAAAAAGAAGUCCGUGGAAUUUUAGGUUCCUUUCUUCAACUUUUCUUAUCAAUCGGUGUCGUUUUUGUUUACGUAUUUGGUGCUUACUUGACAGUUUUUUGGCUGAAUGUGAUUUGUGGAAUUUGUCCAAUCAUUUUUGGACUUAUCUUUGUCUUUAUGCCUGAAUCUCCUUUUUAUUUAGUCAGAAGUAAUCAAUUGGAUAAAGCUAGAGAGUCAUUGAAGUGGCUACGAGGUUCAAGUUAUGAUCCAGAGCAUGAAAUUAAGCAGUUUCAAGAGAACUUAGUGACAAACGACGGAAAUAUUGAUUUGAAGGAUGAAUUUAAGAAGAAGUCGUCUAUAAGAGCACUUGUUAUUGGAUUUGGACUGCUGUAUUUUAGACAUAUGUCGUGUAUUAUUCCGAUUCUAUUCUUUGCAACUACCAUUUUUGCUGCAGCUAAUGUGGGCCUCUCAGCAGACAUGUCCACAAUAAUCAUUGGCAUUAUGCAAUUCAUAUCCUCGUUUGCUGCAUCGAUCCUUGUCGAUCGACUAGGAAGAAGAAUUUUACUUCUUAUUUCAAUAAUUUUCAUGACAUUGACACUUUUUGCUAUCGGAGCAUUCUUCUACAUUCAAUCAAUAGAUCCAGAAGCUGCUGAAUCAUUGUCAUGGCUUCCAUUGACUUCUCUCUGCAUCUACAUUCUUGCAUAUCCUGUGGGUUAUGGUAGCGUCCCAUGGCUGGUUGUCAGUGAAGUCACACCAAAGAAUAUCAAAUCAGUCAAUGGACCAAUUGUUGGAUUUUUCACAUGGAACUUUGCAUUCCUUAUCAGCGCAUCAUUUAAGAGUGUCAUGAAUAAUUUUGGAAUUGGACAAACAUUUUGGAUAUUCGGAGGUGUCAGUACAAUAGGAAUUAUUUUCACAUAUUAUGUCAUACCCGAGACAAAAGGAAAGUCAUUAGCGGAAAUAGAAAUGGUGCUGAAUAAGAAAAAAGGUAGCAAAUAA